CGCUGUGGUGUCCCUGACGAAGGCGCCGUGGCUGCGCAGGGAUGUCGCUGCGCAAGGGCGCGCCUCCUCCUCCGUGGCGGCUGCUGCCGGUGGCGCUCCUCGCGGCCGCCUGCGCGCUCGCCGCGGCCGCCUCCGACGGCGCCGGCGCCGCCCCCGACGCCGCCCCCAGCGCCUCGCCGGGCCAGCUGCCGCCGUCCCCGGGUCUCGGCGACCGCGAAGACGACGACGCCGCCGGCGACGCCGACGCCGCCCUGGACGAGCUGCUGCUGCCCCGACAGGGCCGCGCCGCCAGGGACAACUUCCUCCGCUUCGGGAAGGCCGCCAGGGACAACUUCCUCCGCUUCGGCAGGGCGCCCAGGGACAACUUCCUGCGCUUUGGGAAGGCCAGCAGAGACAACUUCCUGCGCUUUGGAAGGGCGCCCAGAGACAACUUCGUCCGCGCCGCAUCCAACUUCUUCCGCCUCGGCCGCCCUGACCCCGACGCACAGGUGUCGCUGGAGGAGGAAGCGCUGGCGGCGCGCCUGGCGCGGGAGGACGGCGAGGCGGAUUCGGAGGCGGAGGCGGAGGCGGACGGUCUGGGAGCGGAGGAAGAGCCGUCGCUGGAGCGCCUGCUGCGCUUCGCCCGGGACAGGAACUUCCUGCGCUUCGGCCGCGGGCGCCCAGACAACUUCGUGCGCUUCGGCAGAGGCGGCGACGACGGCAGCGGCGACGACGACAACGACGACCGCGACGGCAGCCAGGCGCCCACGCACCUCGGCCAGGAGGAAGCGGCGGCGGCUGCGGCCGCGUCGGCGGCUGCCGUGGCGGCGGCGGCGGAGGCCGAGUCGGAGGCGUCGACGGAGGGCGCGCGGGCGGCGGAAGAGGGCGCGGAGGCGGCGGACGAACACCUGCAGCGCGUAGGGCGCGCCGCGCGGACGCGCAACCUCUUCGGCCGCUGGAAGAUGGCCGACCUCAACUUCAUCCGCCUCGGACGCUCCGCCUCCGCUGGUGCCGCCGGCCCCGCCGGAGCGCUCCUGCCCGCGCCCGCCAAGCGCAGCGGCACGCCCCCGCGCCCCGGGCGCUCGCAGGUGGGGCGCACCGCCGGCCACGUGGACAACUUCCUGCGCCUGGGCAACGGCAAGCGCGCCAAGCGGUCGGCCGGCGCGUCCGCCCGGCCGGCGUGCGCGCCGCGCCGCCCGGCCUCCCUGCUGGGCGACCUGCCGCUCGCGCCGCUCACCUACUACUCCCCGCUGGCGGUGGGGCUGCCCAACUACCUGCUGGCGCCCGAGCUGGGCCUGCUGCCCGCCGCGGCCGCCGCCGCCCCGGCCAAGCGCGGCCCGGCCGACCGCCAGGGCAGCAACUUCAUCCGCCUGGGCUGA